AUGAGGUUUAGUAUCCAAUAUGUUGUCAUGCUAAAGCAGUCUAAUUGGGUUUGGCAGCAAGAUAUGGGAGCCAGAGGAGUUAUUGGGGAUAGAUGGUCCAUGAGGGAUUCUAUGGGCCUGUGCAAUUGGAAGUGCUGCCAGUAUGAGUUCUUGACCUUUUCUUUCAUAGGCCUAUACAUGGUUGCUGCGGAAAGGCAAGCACAGAACAGGCAACGAAUGUUGGCUGAAGAGUUGAAGGCCAUGGAGGCAGAAUCAGGCAAUGGCGAGAGGAUGAUAAUGCAUAAGUGGUUGCAGAGAUUGGUCUGUGCACAGGAAGAUCUUGGUAAUGUUAAAACCGUGCUGAGUGUUGUGGUAAUAGUCUCUGCUCACAGAAGCUUGAGCAAUGCCCACAAGUUCAUUAAAUCUGAGGCCCCUGCUAGGGUCAAUCGAAAGAUGAUGGGCCAAGAUAAGCCAAUGGGUCAAGGGUUUGGCUCAGGUGUAGGUAUUGGCACUGGGACUGGGACAGGUGUAGGCAUUGGCUCAGGUGGCAAUGGUGUAGGAAUUGGGGAGGGGUAUGGUAUUGGCACUGGUUCUGGUUAUGGUGAAGGCACUGGUAUUGGCAUUGGGAGAGGCUCUGGAAAUGGUGGAUAUGGAGAAGGCAGAGGAAUUGGUAUUGGGAGAGGCUCUGGAAAUGGUGGAUAUGGAGAAGGCAGAGGAAUUGGUAUUGGGACUGGGGAUGGUGGAUAUGGGGAAGGCAGAGGAAUUGGUAUUGGGACUGGGGAUGGUGGAUAUGGGCCUGGAAAUGGCCCGUGGGCCUCGGGACCAGGGUACAGAAACAGCGGUGGUAGUGGAUUUGGGUCCGGAGUCGGCACCGGUACUGGGUCUGGGUCUGGUGGGUAUAGAAACAAUUGCGGUGGGGGUUGCAAUCCGGGCUGUGAGUGCCCUGGUGCUUGUUUCCAACCAGGCCAGCCCAAUGGGCUCAUUUUUAACAAGCCCACUCAGCAUGAGCAGAUGGCGCCUACCAAGAUGGGUGGAGGAGAGCCUAUAACACCAAAUUCACCAGCACCACCAGAUUCACCAGAUUCAUCAACCAAGACAGCAAAUGAAGCCCACCAUCACUCUGCUGCAGAGCUUCACAACUAG